CUAUGGAUAGUCCACGAAAAGUCCGUGCAACGCAGUCUUCAAGAACUUGACGUAUCCAUGUUCAAUUUUGCAGUACGAAGAAAUAAGCAGUAUGGGCAUGUUCCUAACAGAGACACAAAGGAAGUGGGUGAAUUUCCUGAAAGAGGCAGCCAAGAAAAAGCCUCCUGCAAAAGGUUUAAGACCGAAGGACCGAUGUCGUGCCGUGUUAUACGACGUGGUGACAGGAGACAAGUUUGAGAUCGCCAUUCUGACAGUGAUAAUAUGUAACAUGGUGAUGAUGAUGAUACAGCAUUACGGACAGUCGGCCCAGGUCUCCAGCAUCUUGCAUAUCCUUUGAAAGAUAUAACAUGUGAUGUAUACUAGUAGAUUUUAUCCAAUAUAUCAACAAGCGUGUUAUUAUGCUCGAUCUUGUAUCGCAAAUAGUGCGCAUAUGUUUUCUGGUGGAUGGGCUACAGUUAACAUCCGGUAAUGUACCUCCCCGUUCCAAAACGUCGCUUCUAAGCCCUCCCUACCCCCACCCCCCGCCCGCCUCUAGUUUAACAUGUCUCCUCACGAAAAGAAUUUUUAGCCCCAUUCAACUUUUCUAUGUUAACCUAACCAACCAACGUCUCCAUAGAACAUUGCACUUCAAGUAGAUGGAUGAAGAUUUUUGAUCAGAGUGACCUUUUUACAACUCAGUUUCUUUAAGUCAUUCCUAGUCAGUUCAUUUCCAAGCGGUUUUUCAGUUAAGGCCGUCUACAGUCCCCCUCCUUUUACUCUCUGUUAUGUACUUCCUAGGUUUUAGCUCUAAGCCCAGAGGUUACGACCGCACCAAACGAUUAGUUAUCUUUCUUGUAAGCAGUGUAAAUACGGCCAGAAGAUGUCUAAAGGACCAUUUCGUGUUUAACGGAAUGAUGCAAUAUUCUUCAACAAUAACAUUAUUCAUUAAAGUGAACUCAGGGCUAGUUUCCUUGACUAUCGCCUGAUCGGCUAACACGGAUCUCAAACUG